UAGAUAGAUAUGUAUGUGGAAUUGUGGAUUACUCGAAGAAUUGUUUGAUGGGGUUUCCAGCAUUGGGAAUUUGAACAGAAAUUUAUCUGGGUCUGACUGCUUUCUAUUUCGGAAAUGACUGUUGGAGCCAAGAUAGCAGUUGGAUCUCAUGUAUGGGUCGAGGAUCCUGACCAGUCCUGGCUAGAUGGGGAGGUUGUUGAAGUAAAUGGUGACAAGAUUAAAGUAAAUUGUACAUCGGGAAAGACAGCUGUAGCUAAUGCAGCAAAUGUACACGCACAAGAUCUUGAGGCUCCGCCUGAGGGUGUGGAUGACAUGACAAAGCUUGCUUACCUGCAUGAACCGGGUGUUCUGUACAAUUUGAAAUGCAGAUAUAAUAUGAAUGAAAUAUAUACCUAUACAGGUAACAUAUUGAUAGCUGUGAAUCCUUUUCAACGUCUACCCCAUCUUUACAACGAUAAUAUGAUGGAAAAGUACAAAGGAAUGGCGAUUGGAGAGCUGAGCCCACACCCUUAUGCUAUUGCUGACAAUGCUUACAGGCAAAUGAUAAAAGAAGAUAUAAGCCAAGCGAUCUUGGUUAGUGGAGAGAGCGGAGCUGGUAAAACUGAAAGCACUAAGAGUCUAAUGACAUAUCUUGCUUAUAUGGGGGGCAGUGUCGGGGUUGAGGGAGGGAAGCGCACUGUGGAGCAGCAAGUACUCGAGUCAAGUCCUGUUCUUGAAGCUUUCGGUAAUGCAAAGACAUCGCUUCGGCAAAUUUGUGGAGAUUCAGUUUAA